AUGCAUAAAAGAUCACUUAAUCUUUCUGGACGAAUGGUUGAUCGCAGCUUCGUGCAGAUACGAUUCAUGCCGGAAAAUGCUCUUUCCACUGAAGCGGUUGAUGUCGAGAUGGUGUUCUUAACUGCAAUUAAAGAGGUCGAGUUUGCAAGUCUCUUUGGAUUUGUUGGUAGAACAAGACG